AUGUCCGGCCCAACCAACAACUUCCUCACCCUCAUCCCCACCGCUCAUCGCGUCCAUAUCGUCUCUCCCUUCACUUCUUCCGUCGAUAGUAUCGACAGCGACGAAUCACUAGUUCCUGCUCUCCAGAAGACCCGACGAUCUAGCUCCAGUGUCUCUGCAGAAUCCAACUCCGCCGCCGAGGAACCCGCUUUGCCAUCCGACAUUGUCGAGUCUCCUGUUGAGGCAGUCAAGAGCCCACAGACCGAGCAAGUUGUCACCCACCGGUUUCUGAAAUUGGGUAACUAG